CUGCGUCCGCGAUGCGCACGGCUUCCAGGCAGGCAGGCGUUCUCAGGCGAGGUAGGAGCGAUGUGGGCUGGGAACGCCUGGCGCGCCGCACUCUUCUGGGUGCCCCGCGGCCGCCGCGCACAGUCAGCGCUGGCCCAGCUGCGUGGCAUUCUGGAGGGGGAGCUGGAAGGCAUCCGCGGAGCUGGCACUUGGAAGAGCGAGCGGGUCAUCACGUCCCGUCAGGGGCCGCACAUCCGCGUGGACGGCGUCUCCGGAGGGCCUGUCACUGUCAUCUUUCCAGGCCCACCCUUGCCCCACCUGAGCUGCUGUAUCCAUCUCCUCUCCACCUCAGGAAUCCUUAACUUCUGUGCCAACAACUACCUGGGCCUGAGCAGCCACCCUGAGGUGAUCCAGGCAGGUCUGCAGGCUCUGGAGGAGUUUGGAGCUGGCCUCAGCUCUGUCCGCUUUAUCUGUGGAACCCAGAGCAUCCACAAGAAUCUAGAAGCAAAAAUAGCCCGCUUCCACCAGCGGGAAGAUGCCAUCCUCUAUCCCAGCUGUUUUGACGCCAACGCCGGCCUCUUUGAGGCCCUGCUGACCCCGGAGGACGCAGUCCUGUCGGACGAGCUGAACCAUGCCUCCAUCAUCGACGGCAUCCGCCUGUGCAAGGCCCACAAGUAUCGCUAUCGCCACCUGGACAUGGCCGACCUAGAAGCCAAGCUGCAAGAGGCCCAGAAGCAUCGGCUGCGCCUGGUGGCCACUGAUGGGGCCUUUUCCAUGGAUGGCGACAUUGCACCCCUGCAGGAGAUCUGCCGCCUUGCCUCUAGAUAUGGCGCCCUGGUCUUUGUGGAUGAAUGCCAUGCCACUGGCUUCCUGGGGCCCACAGGACGGGGCACAGAUGAGCUGCUGGGUGUGAUGGACCAGGUCACCAUCAUCAACUCCACCCUGGGGAAGGCCCUGGGUGGAGCAUCAGGGGGCUACACAACAGGGCCUGGGCCUCUGGUGUCCUUGCUGCGGCAGCGCGCCCGGCCCUACCUCUUCUCCAAUAGUCUGCCACCUGCUGUUGUUGGCUGCGCCUCCAAGGCCCUAGAUCUGCUCAUGGAGAGUAACACCAUUGUCCAGUCUAUGGCUGCCAAGACCCAGAGGUUCCGUAGUAAGAUGGAAGCUGCUGGCUUCACUAUCUCGGGAGCCAGUCACCCCAUCUGCCCUGUGAUGCUGGGUGAUGCCCGGCUGGCCUCUCGCAUGGCGGAUGACAUGCUGAAGAGAGGCAUCUUUGUCAUCGGGUUCAGCUACCCCGUGGUCCCCAAGGGCAAGGCCCGGAUCCGGGUACAGAUCUCAGCAGUGCACAGCGAGGAAGACAUUGACCGCUGCGUGGGGGCCUUCGUGGAAGUGGGGCGACUGCACGGGGCACUGCCCUGAGCUCUGGGUAAGGACAAGAAGAGCCAAGAUCCACCUAGUGCCACAGAGUCAAAGGAGGUUUUCGAUCAGCCCAGACGAGAGGCUCUGAGCCCUGAACUGAAGUCCCAGAGCUGGGCUGGGAUGUGGCCUGUGUUGAGGGCUGUGAGAAUGUGAAACAACAGUGUGAAAAUUGGCUGUGGCA